GUGAUCAUUCCCCGUCAAAAAUGACAAGAUUCCAACAAAUGGAAAGCAAUGGUGAGCAGAUAAAAACGUUUAUUUUUGGCAAUAAAACUAAACAGAACACAUCGGAAGGAAGUGCAACGCUACAGAUUCUGAUUCCAGAGCUGCUAUUGCCUGGAUAUUCAUUCUACACCUGGCCAUCGGCUCAAGUGCUGGCUUGGUUUCUCUGGGAACGACGAUUAUCUUUGCUGAAUAAACGUGUGCUGGAGCUGGGAGCCGGAACGUCACUUCCCGGAAUCCUUGCAGCCAAGUGCGGUGCUCACGUAACACUGAGUGACUGCAGUACUCUACCGAAAACGCUACAGCACAUGCAACGGUGCUGCCGAUUGAACAGCCUUACACCUGGAAAGGACAUCGAAGUCGUUGGGUUGACUUGGGGAUUGUUCUUGGAUCAGAUUUUCCAGCUGGGACCAAUCGACUUUAUUAUCGGGUCGGACAUUUUCUACGAUCCUUCGGUGUUCGAAGAUAUUCUGGUGACGGUAUCGUUCCUUCUGGAAGCUAACUCUCAAGCAAGGUUUCUCUUUACCUACCAGGAACGAAGUUCAGACUGGUGCAUUGAGACACUUUUAAAGAAGUGGGGUUUACAGUGUAAUAUAGUUAAUUUAGAAAACCUUGGAUCUGAGCUUGGCAUCGACCCGCAGGAGUUGAUGGGCAGUCAUACCAUCCAUCUGUUGGAAGUGACGAGAAGAUCUUGAACGGUUUUAGGAAACGUGGAUAGCUUUUAGUAAGUUAGUUCCGUAAGCACUCGCUCUAGUAUGUCUUCCCCAGGAGUCAACGCGCUUGCACGCGGUGUGCAAAAGUUGUUUGUUGGCAAUCUGCCCUGGACAAUUAGUACAAAGGAGUUGCAGUCGUAUUUUUCGAAGUAU